ACUCCACCAGAUUUACGGACUCCGGAUAUCUGGGCGAGAGACGGCUUCAGCAGCAGCCGACUGACUCAAUCUCCGACCCGGAGGAAAGAUCCAUCCAGCCUCCGGUCCGCAAUCUGAGCCAGGCGCUGUGGCGGAACCGCGGGGGGAAACCCGGGAGAGGCAGGCGAAAGGAGAAGAGCAGCCGUACUCUGGACAUGUGCUGAGAUGACACACCUGUGAACGCGCCUAAACUCUUUUGGGAAGGAGCCUCACACUUUUCUCAACUUGCACCGUAGUCAACACUUUCAGCAAAGCUCAGAGAGAGUCCUCAGCGUUAGUCACCACAAUGUAUCGGUCCACCAAAGGAGCGUCGAAAGCUCGAAGAGACCAGAUAAACACGGAGAUUAGGAACCUGAAGGACUUGUUGCCCAUCUCCGAUGCGGACAAGUCUCGCCUCUCCUAUCUUCAUAUCAUGUCGCUGGCUUGCAUGUACACGAGAAAGUCUGUCUUCUUCAGUGAAGAUACAGCUGAAGAAAGCAGUCCUGAGGAAACUGCGGGAUUCCUCACAUUUCAUGAACUGAAUGAGUUGGUACAAAUGAUGCCAGGCUUUCUUCUGCUAUUGACUGGAGAAGGGAAGUUACUGUACCUGUCAGACAGCGUCUCUGAGCACCUCGGACACUCAAUGGUAGAUUUGGUCGCUCAAGGGGACAGUGUGUACGACAUAAUAGACAGUGCAGACCACUUUAUUAUGAGGAGUAACCUGGUGCCUCCAACUUCACCUGACACAGAUCGUCUGUUCCGCUGCAGAUUCAACACCUCCAAAUCAGUGCGUAGGCAGAGUGCAGGCAAUAAGCUUGUUUUAAUCCGUGCCCGCUGCCUGUCACAAACUCCCAGCGAGUCUUCCCCAGGAUCCUACUGGACUUCCAACCCAGUGUGGGUAUGUUUCUGUACUCCUCUGGAGCCUCACACAUCCCGAGGUGGAACUGCCCCGGACAGAGAACCACUUUCAUCUCCUGCACUAGAGAGCAGCUUCUUCCUGCCAUGUUUCCAUUCUCAGCACAGCCGUGACAUGAGACUUCAGGAAGCACAAGACAGUGUGAAUGUUUAUUUGGGUCUAAAUGUGGAGACUCUGCGGUCCCAAUCUUGGUACAGCUUCCUGCAUCCUCAGGAUCUUUCACAUGCCUCAGCUCAGCACUGCAGCCUAUUGAGAGAGGGAGGAGAGGGCAGGGCUGAGAUGGUGGUUCGUGUAGAGACUGCAGAUCACUCAUGGGUCUGGCUUUACAUGGUCUUGCAGCUGGAAACUGGGGAAACCCCUAUUGUCAGUAACAAUUACAUUAUCAGUGAGACAGAGGCUUGGUCAGUCAGGCAGCAGCUGAGCUCUGAACAAACCCAGCUCUCCUUGGUGCUGGGCUCAAGCACUUCCCAACAAGAAAGCCUAAGCUUACAGAGUCCAGAAACACUCUCAAGCCCUGACCAAGUGUUUACACCAGGAAGCAGUGGCCUCUCCGGUCAGUCAUUUGACUUCAGCACGGCCGCAUGCAGUGUGGGAUCUACCGAGGAACAAGGUGGCAGCUCCUCAAUGGAGCCUGCACAACUGGAGAGUGGCCCACGUUCCAGUCUCUCCUCUUUGGAAGAGGAGAGCUUCUUCCAACAUGAGCCCAGCGAACCUGUGGCCAGUCCUGCUUCUGCAUCAUCUCCCAUUCCAGUCACGGUUGCAACAGUGUCUGACUUGGACUUCCUCACUCAGAAUAUUCUGCUGCCACCAGCAUUCCAGAUAGAUCCUCCUCUACCAGCCUUGCCCCUUCCUCUUCCACCUGUGCCAACCUCCCAGGCCCAACAGACCAAGGAGUUUGAGUGCACACCCCCAUACACACCUCAACUAGGUGGAAGCAAUUUCCCCUUCGGGGAACCUCAUUUUAGCUUCGAUCCUACCGGGGCUACCUCACCACCUCCUCUUGCUCCAACUGCAACAGUAACAACGACGAUGGCUCCAUCUCUUUCUCCAUCUGCGCCAACGAACACACAAGGCAGCCCACCUCCUCCGACGACAACACUCUCAACUAUUUUGCCUCUCACUAUAACAUCUCCAACCACAGAAAUCCUCUUCCCAGUGGAGCCUUGCAGUGGGUCGCUCUAUGAGAAACUCCCUCCUACUCCUGACAGUCCAGGUGAUGGUGACUGCACAGUUAUGACUUUACCAGAAGUCCGUGGUCCGCUGUAUGUUGAUGUCCCACUUGGGCCGCUACCUUACCCACCAGAAGGUCUCCUCACACCUGAAGCCUCACCUGGAAAACAGCCCAGUCUACCCUUCUUCUCUUCACUACGUGAGAGAGAAAAAGAGAGAAUGGAGAUCUCGCUUUUAGCCCAACACAUCAGCACACUAGUAGAGGGCUUCUACCUAGAUCCACUCCUGACCAAGCUGGUUCCUUCCACCAUUUCUGAACGCUCUCAGUCUCCAUCUCUUGAUUCUACGGGACUUGAUUCAAUCCCACUGUUGGGCGAAUUUUACCCACUCAAGUCCUGGAAAGGCCUGGACCUGCCCAUCUUCCCUGAUGAUGACUCUCUGUUUGAGGAGAGUGUCUUGGAGACCCUUCUGCAGGACCUCACGUCCUCCCCUCCCCUCUCACCCACACUCUCUUCCUCCUCUCACUCCAGCACCCCCUCCUCCCCCUCCACUCCUGAGUGCUGGUACCCAACCUUGCACUUUGAUGGGGUCUCUGCUGUGAGUGCCGGUCACUUCUGUAGCGUCCAAUCGGCGCACUGUAACAAUGAGGCCGGGCGAGGGGCUAUGAUGUCGUCAGUCAACACAGGCAACAUGGCAGAUGGAAAGGCGGCAGGCGAAGUUGCCAUGGAGACAGAGGUAGCAUCAUCGCCUCUGUUCAUGGGAAUGCCAACAUCUCCACCACUGCAGCUGACUGCCUCCCCCGCCUCACCAGUUUUGUUGCCUGUCUCCUCGCCUGUCAGCCCCGCAUCGCCCGGCCUGCCCUGCGCCCAGUCCCUCCUCGAGGAGCUGGCCGCCCUGGAACCCAUGUUUGGGGCAGGUGCCUCGAUCGCCCCCGGCCUGGGGCAACAACCUGAGUUGUAUCAACUCCAAAGUCAUGCGCCGCAACAGUGCUUCCGCAAAGGUGAGAAGCUGAACCUUUUUCUGAUAAUUUUGCUUUGUUGCCAUUUUUGUCAAACUGAGUAACUGUUAUUGGUUUUAACAUUUUGUCCCUGUUCCCUCUUUUUGUCUUUCAGAUGGGAGUGGAAGUGAUCCUCCGUUCUAAAAUAAGUCUGUGACUUACUUCAUUAAGUAUGGCAUAUUGUCAUAUUUCAUGGAGCUACUUUUGCUGAAAAGUGAAUAUUAAUUAACUGUAUAAAUAUAUACAUAAUGUAUAUAAUGCCAAAAAAGACUUGAAUUUCCUCAAAUCCAUUGAGAGUAAAUUGUCACAUUCACAAUUGUUCAUCUAAUUAUCCAUUCAUUUAUGUUAAUAAUAGUGCAACCCUUUGGUAGCAAUGCAAUAUACUAGUCCUAAACAAGUCCUAAGAGGGCUAAGAGGUCAAUUUAUGUUUUUCUGCUAUAAUGUAACAUGAGCUUAUAUGAGUGAGAGUUACAGCUCUGACUUUGUAAGUGUAAACCGACUUACAGACUUGCAUUUGUAUUCACUUGUAGUGAAAAAACUCAGUUGUGAACUUUGAGGACAUGAAAAAAAGCUUUCAGUCAGAAACAACAGAUAGCUUAAAGCUCAGUGCUUGUCAUCCAGCAUCACACACACAAAGCCCAAUGUGUGAUAAGUAUUCACAUAAUAGAUCAAUAUUUGGUCAUUUCAAAAAGUGACCAGUUUCUAAAAGUAUCAAUAUCAGCAUGUUUCCCACAGCUGAUUCACUUUCCUCUCCAAUCUUCCAGCUCAGUAACUGUAAUGUCAGAAACAGUAUUAUAAAUGACAGAAUUCAGACUACAUUGGGCUUUGAGUUUGUGAAUGCAAUUCUUGGACAUAUCAUUUCAAAUGUGUUUCAAUGUGAUGUGCAAAUGUGAACAAAUUCCACUUUGUGUGCAAGACAAAUCAAGUUUUCACAUUGUUCUCCUACUGGCCGGUGGACACAAGCUGCAGCGGAAGCCACCAGGGAGAAGGACAAAAUAUUGUGCAUGGCUUUGCAUGCACGGACACUACUGGACUUAUUUCUAGCUACUACUGAGUGACGGAGUAACGAAUCCAUUCGACCGGCUACUCCGAUGGGCAUGGCUAGAAGGAAUUGCACUGGACUUUUGCAGCAUCAAUAUUUGUAAUGCUUGCAAUCUGCUUAAACUCUUGAGUGCCUGGCACAUCAAGAGGUUGCAGACCUAAGAGAAACAGCACCUUUAUUCAGUGAAUACCACGGUGACAUCGUAGCUUUGCUGUCUGCGGUGUGGAGUGGUGACAAUGACUGUGUGAAUGAUCGAUUCUUCUUUUUUGAGAGGGGUUAAAAAAACGAAGCAAAGUUUUGUUUUAAAAAAUGAGCGAGAAAAUACAGAUGGGGUUCUAUUUCUAUUCAGUUACUAAUCGACACGGGUUGAGAAUGGUUCUAUUCCCAUGGUGUCGACAUGCUAACGUAGAGUUGUCUACGGUCAAGUAAAGGAUUGAUUCCUAUGUUCUAGCUAUUUACAUGCUAAGUUUAAAAAUAAAAAGUAUUUUAUUGUAUGUAUGCUGAUUUACAGGGUGCUUGGUGCACGUGCCUCUAGCUAGGCAUGAUGCGGAACGGUUAAAGAUUGUAAUCAUUUGUACAUUUGUACAAACAACGGUCUGUACAUAUCAGAGACAUUUCUAUCGUAUGAGAUGAAAACAUACUUGACAUAUGCUAUUUAUGAAGAAUGGACAUUGUGGAUCAGUGUUCUUUUGUGUCGCUGAUAAGUGUAUUUGGUUGUCAAAACAGAGGCAUUUAUAUUAAAAGUGCA